AUGGCGGACCAGCAAUUAGAAGACAACGAGAUCCGAGUUCGUAAAUAUCUGCGUAUAUUAACAGAAGAACAGAAGAGAGAUCAAAACGUUCAUUGGGCAUGGGAUUAUUUUACUCCAAUAACACAAAAAAGAGCACUGUGCAAUAUAUGCAGCAGUGCAAGUGGCGGUACGACUGUAAAGGAUGUGGAACAUCAGGAAGCUUCAAUACCAAUAAUCCGCAACGAAAAAUCAACAGAACAUAUUACGGAUAGUCCUCUUGAAAAUAUAGAAAAUAUAGAAAAUAUAGAAAAAGAACUUCCCGCCGAAUUAGAGUUAUGCGAUAAAGAAGAAGUUCCCAAUAGAAAAGAACUUCCCGUUAGAGAAGAACUUCCCGCUAGAGAAGAACUUCUCGAAGUGAAAGAAUUUCAAUUAUUACUUGGUCAAUCAUCAGAUAAUAUUCAUAAUAAUAUGAUUGAUGCGAGCAGCAAUGCUAGCAGUGAUAUAACUAUAAAGAAAAUGGGACGUCAAAAAGCUUUAUCAGCAUUUAAUUUGGAAGAUAAUAUGAAUGGAUUAAAUGCUUCUAACAAAUAA